AUCCUUGUCAAAUCAGUCCAGUCUUGUGCCACCACCCUGAAGUCAGCAGGACAAUUCAUCCGUCCAUCCGUUCGUUCCUCGUGCUUUCGCGCGUCAAUCACUCUAAGCACUUCUUCUCCUUUCUCUGUCUCUUUCUCUCUCUCAUCUUUGUUUCCUCCCUUCUCCAAGCACGAGCAAGAGUUCUGGACUCAACGGAAAAUGUAUGGGUCGAACUCGCAGCCCAGCUCCAGAGACGCGACACACACCGGGCCGAUACAACCAGAAUGGCGUCUCGCGCCCAAGACCAGUACUGCGACGCCGCAACAUCCCCCACAGCCCGCAUGGCAGGCAACCCCUCCUCUGCCAGUGCGCCCAUCACCUAACCCCGGUGGUAUACGACCGACUGCUAGUCCUUCCCCGGUGAAUAACGGGGGCGCAACCGCCUCUCCAACGCUCAAUCCGGCAGGAUUAGAUACGACUUCAUGGGGAGUGAAAUAUAACAGGCAGCAGUCUCAGGCUUCAAGCCCCCCACCUCUACCGCCUCGACCUCCAAGCACAACACACACACAAUCUAUCCAGGCAUCUUCUCCUGCCGUGGGCUCGUUAGACGCCACAAGACCUCUGUCGGGAACUCCAGUGCAGGCAGCCCAACAUGUACCGAAUCCAAAUUCUCAAUGGCCAACGAGUGUUCCCUCAUUUGCGCCUCAGCAACAGGAUCAUUCGACAGCGACACAGCGCCCGCCCCCGCCUCCUAUUCCUUAUGGUUUCCAGGACUUCGUUUCCCAUCCCGGCAGCCAAGCGCAGAGCUAUCUGCAAUUUCCGCCAUAUUCUAGCGCCGUCCCCAUCCAGCAUCAUGAUUUCCUCGUACAGCAACCCACCACGACAAUACCGAUUGACACCAGCCUCGUAGGGUCUGCAGCGCCUGCUAUGGGAAAUGUUCCAGCUACAAGUGCCCAACAAGCUCAUUUCUCGCAAUCCUCGCGACAAUCAGAAUCCCAGUCUCCAUGGGUUUACGAGACAGCUGCUAGCCUAGCCCCUGAAUUGCGGCCAGUCGCCGCGCCUCCAGUUCCACCCAAAACUAAUCCCGCUCCAACCGCGGUCAGCGCCUCGGCUCUAGGCCCAGGCACUCCUCCCGACGUGGGCAAAUUAUCGCCGAUACCAGGGAGAUCUGACGAUGUUGUGGCAUCUCCUGCUCUUCUCAAGCAUGAAUUGGUCCACGCAGUAAACUCGGUACAUUCCUCUGAUUUGUCUGAGACAACAGUUCUAGCAUUUCAUGGGUCUCGUAGUAGUUCCGGGCUGCCUCCAUCGGACUCGCACACAGGUUAUAGCAGCAUGCAACCGGAGAUCCAAGAUUCACCCGUGAGUAUCGAUACAGUACAAGACGGUCAUGAGUCACCACUACCCACUAGGAUAAAUGUCAGAAUGAAUAGCAGUGAAUCUAUACCCAGCUCUGUUUCUACGUCAGAAACUGCGGAGAGUAUCGAUGGAGUCAUUGAAGCAUGGACUCGGCCUCUCACCACAGACCUACACAAACCAGGCCUGCUAGAUGAUGUAGAGCCAGAACAUGCGGCGCAGGAAGAGGGAGAACCCAACCUGAGACUGACCGGAACUAAGGUUGGCGAAAGGGAGGUCUCUAAGCGGACAACACUUCCAGCACUGGAUCGGCCUGACCCUUUUGACGAUCUGGAUACCUGGUCUAGAUCUUCCGUGGAACGAUAUGUGGCGAUGUUGCGAAAGGAAGCUGUGGCAGACACUGACUCAGAUCGAUUUGAGAUCUUUACAAGCUUCAUGGCUAAAGAGACGAAGCUACGUGAAGUCCUAUACAAUAUCGAACCUGCUUCCAAGGGUACUGAACAGAAGACGAGUGUCACUCCUCUUUCAGCAACACCGACAUCUUAUGCAAGCAGAAGCGAUACCGAUCACGCGUUCCCUCCUGUAGAGUCUGGGUUGAUUCCGGUAGAGACUGAGGAACCUACCAUCACUGCGGAGAAUUUUGGAGAUGGCAGCUACAGCCCCGGCGGUCGGCCGAUCCUGAGGGUACACACACCCGGUCUUGUAGGCCUGGGAAGUUCUUCGGCACAAGCUGUGGCCGGACCCUACGGUGGACAGACACCAUCCUCGAGACCUGCUUCUGUGCCGCCCACUAUGAUGAAUUUUGCGGCACAUAAGCAGGAUCUGCCACCUCUGGCUAGCAAUCCCCCUCAACCGAUUUAUACACCAUUUCGCUACACAGAGGGUCCGCAGAGGGGAUCUGAUGCACUUGUCUUUGAUCGUCCAGCAUACCAAGCCUAUUCUGCCUUGCGUCAAGCAUCUGCCGAAAGCGGACGAGUGAUGUCAAAUGGCUUGGUCCUUUCGUCGGAAGAGCUGCCAUUGCCUGCAGAGACCUUGGACCAUGCAAGGCAGGACGAGACAUUUAUUGGUCUCAUUAGGGAGAAAAGCCUCGCUUACCGGAAAACGGCUUCCCAGAAGUUGCCCACUCUCCCACCGCUUCCCGCUUCCCUCAGGCAAGGCAGAUUACCCGACCCCUUGGACGAAAUGCGCUCAAUUGUGUCUUCGUCAAUCGGCAAAGAAUCUAUGCGUGCCGUGAGUACGACUACUGGAAAGACAUCUGAAGAGAUGACCGACGAUUUCUCGUACAUUCAGAAGGCGAUAAAGACUUGGGUCGCGUCGAACGAGUCUCGUAGAGUGAGGCUGGAAAAAGAACGUACCCGACGUCAGGAGGAGUCCGAAAGACACAUCGAUGUCCUUUUCAACGGAAAGGAGAUAGGUUAUGCUGAUAUAAAUGUCCUUGAGGAAGAGUUUCGCCAGAAAGAGGCGCGCUGUCAAUUGGAGGAAGAAAGGCAAGAACUAAAUGAUUUCAUUGCACGCGUUUUCGACCCGCUAGACAAACGCUUGAGAGAGGAAGUCCUUGCGUUGCAGACAGAUUAUGAAGCAGCUCUUGCUCGGCUUGACAACGAUGGAAGCACAUCCCAAGAUAAGGUCAAGGACCACAGUCAUCUGUCUAAAACAAUGAGGGAUGUCAAUGAGAUCUAUCAGAGUCUUGAAGCCCGCUAUCAGAAGCGACUCGAGAUUGCUUUGGAUCGUGAACGUCGACGGAAGAAGGCUGAGAGACGACCCCUCGUGUUCAUUGGCGACUCGACUGCCCUUAAACGGUUGGAUCAAGAAUUUGAUCAGAUGGAGACGCGCAAUAAGUUGGAAGCUGCUCGUGAGCGAGAUGCUAGGGCCAAUCGAUUAAUGGAUUCGUUCGAUGAUGUUAUCAUGCAUGGCCUAGGGGAGAACCAGAGGAUUCUCGACGACAUUACUGCGAAGAUGUCACGAAUCGACGCUGCAAGCCUUCGUUUCUCGAGUCUCUCGGAGGCUGAAAUUGUGAACUUACUCGAGUCAGUCAAUCGGAUCGUUGAAUACUUGGGCGAGGACUCUAAAUCUAUACUCGAGAACUUCGGUAUUGCUGAUGCAGUUCUCAAUGAAGCUGAUUAUAGCGUAUCCGUUGCUGAAGCGCGCUGUUCAGAGGCCGAGGAUGAUGUGUUUCGCCAACUGGAGGCUGAAAAGAAGAAAGAAGACAAGAAGAUCCGGGAUGAUUUAAGAUUCAAGCUAGAGAGUGUAAAAGAAGGGCCGUUUAAAGUGACCGCCAGCAUUAAGGAUCUUCUCCGAUCUCUGGGUCACGAAACUGCCCCAGAACAACGGCCAACCAUGUCACGGGAGCCUGUCAAGCAGCCCAACAAUGCUGAAUCAUCAAGCCCCAGCUCCACCCCCAAGCCUGCUUCGGGCAAAAUCGAGGAAGAUUCUGAGCAUCAAGAGCGACUUCGAAAAGCAUUGGAGAAUGCGAAAAAAAGAAAUGCUGCGAGGAAGACCACAUGAAGAUAGACUUGUCACUCUUGAAAUCAGCGUUCCUUUGGUUACAUACACCGUCGAUACCGGCGAUGUCUUUGAUGUGUAGAUAGGAGCCUGUGCAGUGAGCCUUUUCUUUCUCUAU